AUGCCUUUUCUCCGUGGCAGCGCAAGCCCGUCUCCGGAGGGAACAGAGGCUAGGUCCGAAGCAAGCUUCCACUACCGGACGCAGAAUGCCGUAGUGGAUGAUGACACCUAUGCGGAGUUCUCGUUGCCAGGCAGCACUGAGAAACCAUUGAGCGAACAGCUGGAACCUGUCGCAGUUGUUGGCAUGGGUUGCCGCUUGCCCGGUGAUGUCAAGUCGGCCUCUGAUUUCUGGGAACUCAUGAUGUCGAAAGGCACUGGCCAAACUCCCAAGGUACCUGAAAGCCGCUUCAAGAUAGAUGCCCACAUUCACGAGAAUAAUGAUAGGCCCGGAAGCUUCAAUGUUCUCGGUGGGUAUUUUCUGAAUGAGAGCUUGGAACAGUUUGAUCCCUCCUGCUUCAAUAUCACCCCAAUUGAGGCCAUGUGGAUGGAUCCCCAGCAAAGAAAGCUCCUCGAAGUAGUAUAUGAGUCUUUUGAGUCCGCUGGUGUAACUCUGGAUACAGUAUCAGGUUCUAAAACCGCCGUCUUCGCAGCGAGCUUCACUGCCGACUUCCAACAAAUGGCAUUCAAGGAGCCAGCGUUUCGACAUUCGCUGGCGGCCACGGGUGUCGAUCCUGGCAUCCUGAGUAAUCGAAUCAGCCACGUUUUCAACCUCAAAGGCCCCUCUAUUGUGGUCAAUACAGCGUGCUCAUCCAGUGUCUAUGCUUUACAUAAUGCGUGUAAUGCGAUUCGAAACAAGGAAUGCGUCGCCGCAGUGGUGGGAGGUGUGAACCUCGUCAUGACAGUCGACCAGCACAUGAACACCGCCAAGCUUGGUGUUCUUUCACCUACAUCAACCUGCCGCACUGCGGUUGGAGAUCCUCUGGAGGUGAAUGCAGUCUCCAUGGCAAUGAACCAACAGCGAACCUCUAACCAAGAUCCGCUCAUGAUUGGUGCCGUUAAAACAAGCAUCGGACAUAGUGAAGCUGCCUCAGGUCUGUCUGCUCUUAUCAAGGCUGUGCUGUCUGUCGAAAGAGGCAUUAUCCCACCGACAAGAGGCGUCGUCAACCCCAGUCCCGCCAUCAAGUGGAAGGAGUGGAUGGUGACGGUGCCGACCGAACCAACUCCAUUCCCAGACCUUCCCUUGAAGCGAUUCAGUAUCAACUCUUUCGGAUACGGAGGAACCAAUGCACACGUCGUCGUCGAGAGUGCCGAUGCUCUUCUGACACGCAAGCAGACUUACAAGUAUCUAUCUGGAGAGAGGAGAGCUGUCAAGAGUCCUCGUGGCGCGUUUAACCGCAGUCGACCCUACCUAUUCGUGUUUUCAGCCCAUGACAAGAGCGCACUGGAGAGAAAUUUCACAGCUCACAGUACUGUCGCCAAGAGUUAUGACUUCUUGGACCUGGCCUAUACCCUUGGCAACCGCCGAACUGUGUUCCCUACACGAGGCUUCACCAGUAGUCUUGUCCCUUUUGACAUGCCUCUUUCUACUGAUGCAAAAAUGGUCUCUUCGGUGGUCAACGCCACUAUUCCCUCUGGAACGCUGCUGGAUGAGACGUACUUCAGCCGGAACCUACGCCAGCCGGUGCUGUUCAACCAAGCCAUCCAGACAAUUCUCACCAAGUCUGAGUUUUCCGAUGUAAAUCUUCUCAUUGAGGUGGGCCCUCACGGUGCGUUGGGCGGCCCAGUCCGUCAGAUCAAGCAAGAACUCGAGGCGGCACACUUGGACUACUUGCCGACCAUGGUCCGAGGCCAAGAUUCAGCUAUGCAGAUGCUCAAGCUUGCUGGUGAGCUUUUCCUCAGGGAUUACCCCCUGGAUAUUGAUCGCGUCACGUCCAUCGAAGAAACGACCUCAGCGGGCAAGGUCGUAUGCAGGAGGGGAGAUCUUGUUGUCGACCUUCCUCCCUAUCAAUGGGGCAAGAAGUCAUACUGGGCUGAGGCUCGACACAGUGUAGAGCACCGGCAACCAAAGUACCCUAGGCAUGAUGUUUUGGGCUCCUUGAUUCCAGGUGCUUCUCUCGCUGAACCAACAUGGCGCAAUUUUCUGCGGAUUCGAGAUCUGCCAUGGUUAAAGGACCAUUCACUCGGCGGUGAAGCAGUGUUUCCGGCGGCAGCUUAUUUCUCGAUGGCCAUGGAAGCAGUGACGCAGAUUACGGAACUACACGAUCCGGACAUGGAGGUGAACAGCUACGUUCUCCGUGACAUCUCAAUCAAAAAAGCGCUCGUUACUCCAGAAGACGAUACUGGUAUCGAAGUUCUAAUGAACAUGCGACCAGCCACAUUCAGCGGUGAUGGAAGCUGGUGGGAAUUCAAUGUCUCCUCUAUCAACCAGGAGGGAAUCACCACCGAUCACAUGACGGGAAGCAUCAGCGCCAAUAUGAAAACACAACGACCAGCUCCAAGGGCCCGAAUAAGUUUGAGCCAGCAGGCUUCCGGAAAGGAGUGGAAUCAAGCACUGCGAUCAGUCGGCUUUGAUUACGGUCCCGUCUUUGCAGACAUGGCCGAUAUUGGAUUCAACGGCCGGGAUUACAUUUGGGAGUCCCGCCACGUCCUCCACCCAGGGACGGUAGACUCUUGCCUACAGUUGAUGAUUACUAGCAUCUAUGCCGGCCGUACCAAGGCCAUGGCUGCAGCCAUCGCUCCUAUCCAGGUCGAUGAGGUCUGCAUUUGGAAGCCGACAGAGGAGCAGAUUGGUGACGGUUUCGCGACAGCUUGGGUUGAUGAUCGUGGAAUUCGCUCUUUUGUGUGCGGGAAUGAACUCGUUUCCAACAACGGCGAGGUGCUGAUGCAGAUGAGCAACAUGCGAGGAACCCUUUACGAAGCCGCCGUGCCACAGUCUUCUUCUACCGCUUUGAAGCCAAUGCCGUACAGCGAAACAGUUUGGAAGGAGGAUUUGGAGUCUCUCAUCAAGAUUGAAAGCGCUGAGACUCUUGCUGAGCUUGCUACGUUCAAGAAUCCCGGGAUCAAGGUGCUGGACGUUGGAGGAAAGCAUGCAGUCACCCUCCUCCAGACCUCCCCCGAACUAAAUUACACUGCCAUUUCAGAGAACCCGGCGCCAGAGGGACUUAUCGAGAAAUAUCCAAGUGCAGAAUGGAAACUUGUGGACAUGCAGAAAGACUUAGCGGAGCAAGGUCUAGUAAAGGGCUCAUUUGAUGUCACUCUUUCAGAGCCAAACUCCGUCUCAGCCAUUAAGAACUUGAUGACGGAUGAUGGCAGCCUUUUCAUUGCACGAGGAAAGAAUUUUGAGCUCUCUGUAUCGCCAGAGGUGGAAAGUUCAAACGAGGACGUGAUUGAGGUUCAGAUUUUGUAUCGCCAGGUGGAAGCCAGCCUUCUGAGCGAGGUUAAACGCUCUCUUGCAGAUCGUGGUUACAAGGCCACGCCUAUCUCAUUAAAAUCUCUUGACACGGUUCAGCCCCAUGUCGUCCUCCUUGAUCUUGACGAACCGAUCCUGUUCGGUCUUUCCGAGCACGAGUUCAACAUGAUCAAGAAGGUGUCCAAUGAAGCCAAGACACUGCUAUGGGCAUCUGCUGGUGGCCUUUUGAAUGGCAAGAGACCAGCCGCAGGCAUGAUCGCUGGGCUUGUUCGAUCCAUUCGGGCUGAACGAGCCACCAUCAAUAUUGUGACUAUAGACUUUGACCUUGAAACGACCUCGAUAGACCAGGCCGUGAAGUUUGUUGCUCAAAAGAGCCAGCACCAGAUCGAAGAUGGUGCAAGUGUUGAACACGAAUACUGCGUAUCGGAUGAUAAGCUAUAUAUAAGUAGGCUUCUACCCAACAACGCCCUCAACAGGGAACAAACCAUUGAGGAGCUCCCCUACGACCCGGAAAUGCACAUCGGCGGGACUGUUCAAAAUGGGAAAGUUUUGUUCGAGCAGCAGGUAUCUCGGCCUGAGUUGAGCCCCGAUUCCGUGGAGAUUCGAGUUUCUGUUACUGGUCUCAGCAAAGAAGGCGUCCUCGCUGUUCAUGGAACCGAUAUUUCUACCACCUUGAAUCAUGAAGUCGGCGGUACAGUGGAACGUAUUGGUAGCUCAGUCAAAAACUUCGCUGUAGGGGACCGCGUUAUUGGCCUUGGAUCUGGGAGGUUCGGAAACCGACAGGUUAUCUCAAAGAACCUGGUACAAAAGCUCCUCCCAGGAGAGUCGCUCGCAGAGGUAGUCAGUCUUCCAUUGGCGUAUAUCACGGCCCUACAUGGUCUGGAAUCACUGGCAUCUCUGAAGAAGGGUGAAACACUCCUAAUUCUUGAAGGCACAGGAUUCGGCGGUGCCGCAGCCAUCGAGGUUGCCCUAACAUUGGGUGCCAUCCCGUAUGUUGUUGCCAGUACUGAAGAACAAGCAUCAACCAUCAUAGAGAAAUACGGGCUAGCCCAACACCAGGUACUCUCAUCAGCGAGCCAGGUGGAAGCUAUGCUUGCCACGCCGCACCGGACCAGCAAGGUCGAUGUGGUCUUCAGCUCUGGAAUGACACCGGAGUCGUCGGCACGUGAAGCCUGGCGGUACAUUAGUCGUUUCGGUCGGUACAUCGAGUGUGGCAAGAAGUUGGUACUGAAACGAGGAUCCCGGGACCCGGUACCCUUUUACCGCGGGGCCUCUUAUUUCUCCUUCGAUGUCGUGGAGCUCUAUGAGCACAAGCCCUCUCUUGUCUCCCAUCUCCUCCAUGGAGCAAUUGAUCUCUAUCGAAAGUCCAAGAUCUCGCCGCUUGGGCCUCUGAAUGUUGUCAACAUAUCCGACCUGAACAAGGCCAUUUCAAGGUUUGACGAUGGGAUUGGCUCAGGCAAGACACUCAUCUCAUACGAGCCAUCAGAAACACCGCUCGUCAUCCUGCCUUCUCUUAAGACCACCACGCUCGAUGCUGCCGCAACCUAUCUCUUGGUAGGGUGUUUGGGCGGGCUUGGACGCAGUCUCACAGCCUGGAUGAUGGAGAAAGAUGCCAGAAACUUCUGUUUCCUCUCCCGCAGUGGCGCCGACGCACCUGCAGCGGCUCGACUUAUAACAGAUCUUGAAACUGCCGGGGCGCAUGUAGAUGUUGUCAGAGGCGAUGUGAGUGUGCAGGCAGACGUCAGACGUGCCGUAGCCGCUAUACCUAGCGACCGUCCACUUCGUGGUGUGAUUCAAGCUGCCAUGGUUCUUCGGGACGGCAUGUUCCAGAAUAUGACCUUCCAAGACUGGGUAACAUCCACCAAACCCAAGGUCCAUGGUACGGCCAACCUCCAAGCGGUGCUUGGAGACAUGCCGCUUGACUUCUUCCUCAUGACGAGUUCCGUAUCUGGAACACUCGGCACGCCAGGUCAAGCAAAUUACGCCGCCGGAAACGCAUUUCUAGACGCCCUUGCGCACUAUCGACGCGCAAGGGGACAGAAUGCAUGCGCUGCCGUCGUUCCCAUGGUUCUUGGCGUUGGUGUGGUUGCAGAGAGCACCGAUCUCGAAGACGCUUUGACGCGCAAGGGCAUGUACGGCAUCGACGAGGAGCAUUUGCUUCGGUCAUUUGACAUUGCCAUUCGUGAGCAGCAGCGUCCUGAUGGAAUUCAUCAGCUUGUUAUCGGUCUUGACCCAACUCUCCUCUCCCGAGCGAUCAACAAUGCUGAACAAGGCCAUGUAGACCCCUUUUGGAUGGCGGAUAAGCGCUUCCGCUCUUUGGUACACAACAUUGAGGCAGUCAACGGCGGAGUGGGCGUUGGCAGCGGAUCCAGUGCGUUGGGAUCCAUGCUGUCCGCGGCCACGCCUGACGAGGCUAUUAAGCUGGCUCGUGACGAGAUUGUGGGCAAGCUUUCCCGCAUGCUUCUGCUAGAUCUUGAGGUCUUUGACGGUGAUUCAGGAUCCAUUGCCAGCUACGGAAUUGACAGCAUGAUUGGUGCCGAGUUACGCAACUGGCUAUUCAAGGAGUUUGCGCUUGAGAUUCCCUUCCAGCAGCUCCUCGGGCCGACGUUGACAACCAUCAAGCUGGCACGACAGCUUUGUGUUAAUCAUGGUAUCCUUGAGGAAUAA